AUGUCCUCGCUCAAGCGCAUUUCAUUGCUACCUCCAGAGAUGCCCACCAGUAACUCUCUGGAUGAUUUGUACUACUUGCUAGUUUGGUCAUCGCUCAGCAUCCACAGUUCCAGGAUUUCUCCGUGGACAAUGGCAGCCACCAUCCAGGCUAUGGAGAGGAAGAUUGAAUCUCAAGCUGCGAGGUUGCUUUCCCUCGAAGGCCGGACAGGGAUGGCUGAGAAGAAGCUGGCCGACUGUGAGAAGACGGCCGUGGAGUUCGGCAACCAGCUGGAGGGCAAGUGGGCCGUGCUGGGGACGCUGCUGCAGGAGUACGGGCUGCUGCAGCGGCGGCUGGAGAACAUGGAGAACCUGCUCCGCAACAGGAACUUCUGGAUCCUGCGGCUGCCCCCGGGCAGCAAGGGCGAGGUGCCCAAGGAGUGGGGGAAGUUGGACGAGUGGCAGAAGGAGCUGUACAAGCACGUGAUGAGGGGCAACUACGAGACGCUGGUCUCCCUGGACUAUGCUAUCUCCAAGCCUGAGGUACUCUCCCAGAUUGAACAAGGCAAAGAACCGUGCAGCUGGCGUCGCCCUGGCCCCAAGAUUCCAGAUGUUCCUGUGGAUCCUAGUCCAGGCUCUGGUGCCCCAGUCCCUGCCCCAGACCUCCUAAUGCAGAUCAAGCAGGAGAGUGAACUCCAACUCCAGGAGCAACAGACUCUGGGAGUGGAGGCCUGGGCAACUGGGCAGCCAGACAUCGGAGAAGAGCCCUGGGGGCUGAGCCAGCUUGAUUCCGGAGCAGGAGACCUCUCCACUGAUACCACCCCUGGUGUCCAUUCCAGCUUCACCACCAUCCCACCCACCUCAUGGCAGACAGACCUCCCUCCCCACCACCCCUCCUCUGCCUGCUCGGACGGGGCUCUGAAGCUCAGCACCGCAGCCUCCACAGAAGAUGUAAAAAUCGUGAUAAAAACAGAGGUCCAGGAAGAGGAGGUGGUACCCACACCCGUGCACCCUACUGACCUGGAAGCCCAUGGCACCCUGUUUGGACCCAACCAGGCCACAAGGUUCUUCCCCAGCCCAGUACAGGAGGGCGCCUGGGAGAGCCAGGCUGGCUCAUUCCCCAGCCAGGACCCGGUGCUGGGCCUGCGGGAGCCCAGUCGGCCAGAGCGUGACGUCCGAGAGCUCAGCCCUGCGGUGGCCCAGGAGGAGGCCCCAGCUGGAGACUGGCUCUUCGGUGGGGUCCGGUGGGGCUGGAACUUCAGGUGCAAACCUUCUGUGGGCCUGAACCCACGGGCAGGGCCCGAGGGGCUCCCCUACCCAUCCCCGGAGAGUGGGGAGGCUGUCCUGGACCCCAGCCAGGUCCCCAGGCCCUUCAGUGAGCGCUGUAAGUAUCAAGGCUGGACAAAGGGCUUUGGCCACAAGCAAGGGCUGAAGAAGCACCCGGCCACCCCUCCUGGGGGCAGGCCUUUCACCUGCUCCACAUGUGGGAAGACUUUCCAGCUGCAGGUCAGCCUGGCGGCCCACCAGCGCAGCUGUGGGCUGCCGGAAGGGGCAGGAGCGGGCAGCGGCACGGUGGGCACCGCGGCAAACAGCACAGGUUCAGCGGCCAGUGGCUCACGAGGGGACGCAAGCGCAUUGCGGUGUGGGGAGUGCGGUCGCUGCUUCACGCGCCCCGCGCACCUCAUCCGACACCGCAUGCUGCACACUGGCGAGCGGCCCUUCCCCUGCACGGAGUGCGAGAAGCGGUUCACCGAGCGCUCCAAGCUCAUCGACCACUACCGGACGCACACGGGCGUGCGGCCCUUCGCCUGUACGGUGUGCGGCAAGAGCUUCAUCCGCAAGGACCACCUGCGCAAACACCAGCGGAACCACACGGGGGCCAAGGGCCCUGUGCGAGGCCAGCCGCCCCCGCCCCUGCCAGCCGCACCCCUGGACCCCUUCAAGAGCCCUGGCUCCAAGGGCCCCAGCACUGUCACUGACCUGGUAACAGACUGGACGUGUGGCCUCGGUGUCCUGGGGCCCACCGAUGGGAGCCUGAGCUCGGCCCACCGGGUGGUCCGCCAGCCUCUUCCUCGCUGCCUCCCCACCAGCCUCCUUGCUGCACCGCGAGGCGCUCCGUCGACGCGGUCUCCUGAGCCUGUCCAGGCAGGGCGGCCGCGCAGCGCCCCUUCCCAGAGGGCCAAAGCCCUGCCCGGCGCGAGCCGCUCCCCGCUGUGCCUCGGUUUCCUCUCCACCUCCAGCCUGGCGCUCGGACGUAGGAACAACACCCGGCGUUUCACAAAGCACCCCAGCCCCCAGCUGCCCUGCGCCCAGACCGCACCGAGCUGGUCACAUGCGCUCGUGCUCCCCGGUGUGACCGGCCCCCCAGCCCUUUGUGAGCGCGGCUCCGGCGCGGCCGCGACCCGGGCUCUGAGCCACACGGACGGGCUGUGGGCAGCCGCGCGGGAAGGCUCCGCGGGCCGGCCCUCGGGAGUGGGCCCUGCGGAGAAGCCGGUCUCCCGGCUGUCCAGCCCCGCGCGCGGGUGCAGGCGCCCGGCUGCUGCGGGCGGUUGGUGCGCGCGGACCUCGGCCUCUGGGUCUGGGAGGGACCGACGCGCCGCUCUGCACGGAGCCCUGCCGGCGCCCCAUGAUAAUAAGAAUCCUCUCGGGAACCGAGGGAAAAUGGAGAUUGCACGCACCUACCUGUGGGCUCAGGUCCCCAGGCUCUUGGAUGAGCCACGCAGGGCCUGA